CUCGCGCGUGGUUGGGGUCAGGAGCGAGGGGCUCUAGCUUCUCCCUGAGAGGCUGAGGAACCACCGGGCCCACCUUCCACCUGCUCCGCGGGCGCUGGCUUCACCUAGCGGGGUCACCCAGGAGGAAGUUGCACGCGUGCCAGAGGGCUGCGUAGCGACUCCGCCUCCUUUAAGCAGUCCUUGAAGCUCUCCAGCAUGCCCGGGGGCGUGUCCUGGUCCGCCUACCUGAAAAUGCUCUCCUCCAGCCUUCUGGCUAUGUGCGCUGGGGCCCAGGUAGUGCACUGGUACUACCGGCCUGACCUGACAAUACCUGAGAUUCCACCAAAGCCUGGAGAACUCAAAACAGAGCUUUUGGGACUGAAAGAAAGACACCACGAACCUCAGGUUUCACAGCAGCAGAAACUUCAAAAUACAACUGUGCCAAGAAUUCUGUGAAUAUUUUAAAUAUGUAUUUUUAAAUUUAUUGAGUAAGACUUUUUUUUAUUAUUAUUUUUUAUUUAUUCACUUUGUAUGCCGGCUGUGGCCCCCUCCCUCUUCUCCUCCUAAGCCCCUCUGUAAAACUACUUCUUAAAACACCUGAUCCAAAGGCAAAAAUGCUGGUUGCUAGGAGCUGAUAAAGAUGAGCUUGUAUUAUGGUUCA